UCUAUAAUGUAAUCGAUAUUACAUGCAAAUUAUGUUUGGGAAACUAUCGAUAUAUUAUGUUCAGUCGUAGUUUAAAAUAAUAAACUGGCAUCAGUUAUCAUUUUUCCUCAAUUCUAUAGACGGUAACGAACGAAUCUUUUUUUUAUAAACAUCUAUGCAUUAUCUAAACAGCGUGUACGAAAAUAUAAUCCCGCGAAAAUGGUAAAACGCUAAUAAUAAUCGCCGACCAAUAUGAUUGUAAAUACCUAUAUAGUAUAUAUUUUAAAAGUCUCGGACACCAAGUUUCGUAUCGCAUUAAUAAAUUAUUUGAAUAUUAUAAUAUUAUGGAGUAAAGUCGUAUUAUAAGGUUUUCCUCAGAUGCAGCUGGUUGCAGAAAUUCGGCACCAAGAGACCUUCCAGUGAAGACAUGGAUGGGUCAGACGGCGUAUACCACGAUGGUAUGCCAGCUCCUCCCAAGUGCGUACCCAUUCCUCCGUGCGGUAAUAAUGGAGUCGGUGGCGGCCCUCAGCAGCAGCAGCAACAGCAACAGCAGCAGCAGCAACAACAACAACAGCAGCAGCAGCAACAACAACAACAACAACAGUCUCCCCAUGCCAAAAACGACGCGAGUAAUAAUGCAAAGUUCAGCGUGAAAAUCGUGCAGGAACUCGAGUUUAGCACAAGCGAACACCAGCAUAAUGCCCAGAUCUCCACCAACCUGACGCUGACGUCGGUCAAUACGUCAGUGCAGAGCGACGUUACCACGAAACAGUCUGCAGGCGGGGGGCCUGGCGCGGGUGGUGGUACGGUGCCUACCGCGUCUGGCGGCGGUGGAAUUCCACCUGGAAGUGCAGCGGGGGCGCCCGGCCCACCAACUGACCACACGAUGCACGAGUGCAAGCAAGAGCAACCGGACCUGAUGGAUUUCCCGGGCGAUGGUGACCUAAACGACCUGUCUUUCAUCAACAACGACACCAACGAACCCAUAUUGGCCGUCGACACGGACACGCUGACCGAGAUCAUAUCUGAUCUUAACAGCGAGGGCAUCACGCCGGCUGACUUCAACCAGGUGGACCUGUGCGAUAAACGGCCCAUAAAAACAGAACCUGAUGCCAGGUGCACGCCACCGGUUAAGUCGCCGUAUGACCAACACCAUCAGCAGCAGCAGCAGCAGGUACACCAACAGCAGCAACACCAACAACAGCAACAGCAACACCAGCAGCAGCAACAGCGAGGUGGCGGCGGUGGAAACAAUAAUUAUUCGAAUUGCGUGGCCGCCGAGACGCUAAAACAGUUGGCUGAACAGCACAACAACCAGCAGCAGAGGCCAGACAAGUGCGGUUACGAUUUCCCUUACCAAUCACCCGGUUCCGUGCCAGACUUUAUACACUCGCCCAGCACUCCCGUGGGCACUCCCAACCCGAACGGUUACAACAUGAUGUCUCCCGUUAACUCCAUGUACCACCAGCAGCAACAACAGCAGGAAAAGCAACAGCAGGAGAACAACAACUAUUACCAUCCUCAGGAACAACCAAAGCCGAGGAUGAAGCAACAACAGCAGCAACAACCCCAACAGCAACAGCAGCAACAACAACAACAGCAGCAGCAGCAGCAGCAACCGACGGUGGCGGCGCAGCGAUUACAGAAACAACAACAGUUGCCACCGCCGCCCGCUUCCCAACAGCAGCAACAGCAACCCCUCCAGUCGCCCCAGUCUCGAUACAACCAGUAUAACGGACAUGGAAGUCCUCAGUAUCCUGUGUCGGCGGCUCGCAGGAUAACGCCGUCGCCGGGCGCAGCUUCGGCUGGCGUCCUGUCCCCGCAGCAGCCCAACGCCGCCAGUCCAGACGUGGUCGCCAGCUCGUUCCAAAUGUCCCAGUCCCAACAAGUUCACGUCAGUCAACAAGGCCAACAACAGGUAACAAACGUUCUUCUGAAGUAUGGAUAAUUAAUUAAGAUGAUGCCGCACGGUGUUAUCUCUGUCUUACAAAUUGAAAUGUUCCGCAUGGCAAAUUUGUGUUCUGUAUAGUUUCAUUUUGCACAGUAAGCUUUUAUAAUAUAGCGCGAUUAACUUAUUAUCAGUCUUAAAGGUAGAAACAUUUGGUAUCUGUGUUUUAUCGUAACGUUUUCACGAAUUUUUAAUAUUUGAGCGAGUUAUGAGGUUUCUUAAAUUGUUAUAUUUUACAUACUCAUAACUCACUUAAAAAUAACAAUAUCAUAAAAACCCACGUGAAAACACACCUUCAAGUUUGAUAUUAGGCCAAUUCUCUAUUCUAAAGGUUUUUACAAAAAAUUGGAAUUGUUGAGCAUAACGUUUGUAAGACGGAGAUAACACUAUGUGAGUGUGGCAUCUUCUUGAAAAUGUUUAUAGCCAAAUUUCCUCAAUAUUAUAAUAUUUGUCGACGUUAUUAUUUCGGUGCUAACUUAGUCGAUUUCGCGUCAGCCUCUAGACCCGAUCUACAAAUGUUUUGUUAAAAAAACUACGGCCGUCGAUUAGCUCUUUAACUCCAUCUAGAUUUAGUACAUAAUAUGUGGUGUAAACCAUAAUAAUAUGGUAUUUCUGUAGUUCUGUCCACUACGAAAACGAUUAAGAUCAUAUUUUGUCGUCGUCGCAUAAUUCUAUUAGGUAUACUUUUCGUUCGAGUGGUGGUCCAUUUGUACAUUAUAUAAUAAUAUUGUUUUGUUCGUGUACGGUGUGUUGUGCUAUGUUAUCCACUCGAAAGUCAUAUUAUUAUCGAUAUAACAUCGCGCAGGUUCGAGU